AGUUUGAGUUUGAGCUGCCCUCUUGAACAAGAAAGAAACCAAAUAAAACAAAAUCAUUAUAUACUCACUCCUUCUUCUUUCUUCUUAACGCUUUCUCUGUUUUGUGUUCAUCACCCUAAUUUCGUCAUGACUAAACAACACGCUAAUUGGUCUCCAUAUGACAACAAUGGAGGAUCUUGUGUUGCAAUUGCUGGAUCCGAUUACUGUGUCAUCGCAGCAGAUACGAGGAUGUCCACCGGUUACAACAUCCUCACUCGUGAUUACUCCAAAAUCUCACACUUAGCUGAGAAAUGUGUUAUGGCUUCUUCUGGUUUUCAAGCUGAUGUCAAGGCUUUGCAGAAGGUUUUGUCUGCUAGGCAUUUGACAUAUCAGCAUCAACACAACAAGCAAAUGAGCUGCCCUGCAAUGGCUCAGUUACUUUCAAACACACUUUACUACAAACGGUUCUUUCCUUAUUAUUCUUUCAAUGUUUUGGGCGGUCUCGACAGUGAAGGAAAGGGGUGUGUCUUCACAUACGAUGCUGUUGGUUCCUAUGAAAGGGUGGGAUAUAGCUCUCAAGGUUCUGGAUCCACACUCAUUAUGCCUUUUCUUGAUAACCAACUAAAGUCUCCCAGUCCACUCCUCUUACCUGCACAGGAUGCUGUUACUCCACUGUCUGAAACAGAAGCAGUUGAUUUGGUCAAAACAGUUUUUGCAUCAGCAACAGAGAGAGAUAUAUACACUGGGGAUAAGGUUGAAAUUGUCAUCCUUAAUGCCAGUGGUAUUCAUCGUGAUUUCAUGGAUCUUAGGAAAGACUGAUGCUUUUACUGAGAAUUUAAUGUUCAUUAUAGACUUGUACUAAGAAUGUUUAAGAAUACUCCGAAAUUCUGAAUGUGGUCUAGGAUUUUUCCAACUAAGCAAAAUUGUGAACUGCUUUUCAAUUUGAAUUAUUGCCAGUCUGCUCAUAUUGUAAUUAGACUGUGCUUUUACUUUAUAUUUGCAUUGAAUGCUAUCUAAGCCCAUUUCUUAUCUUUAUUCAA